AGACAGGCAUCAGAAGUAGUUUCGCAGUAGAAACGAAAACAUUCCUUACUUUCCCAGAGGAAUAUAAUUAAUUACUAUCAAUCAUGAAGUUGUUAAUUAUUUGUGUGUUGGCCUUAUCAAGCGCUAUCGUCUAUGCGAGUGACGAUUGGGAACAACCGACUAAGGAUUUGAUUCCAGAGAAUCCGCGUUCUCGUCGUGAAGCCGAAAAGGGUUCGAUAACUUUUCAAGGAACACAACCUCUGAGCGGACCGAUCCGUCAACCUAGUUGGGAUCUAAAUGCUAAUCGCAAAAUUUAUAACAAUGGUCGCACAAAUGUGGAUAUCUACGGAGGAAUGAGCAAAGUACCUAAACAACGAGUGCAGCCGCACGUCGGCAUCCAGGCUGAGAGAAACUUGGGCAAAAACGGUUUCAUCAGAGGCCACACUCAGGUUCAACCACGUCCAGGAGGCCACGGACUCUCUCCCUCGGCUGGUGUAAGCGCUGGCUUCCGCUUCAGGCGAGAGGCAGAACCACAAGGUUCAAUAACUUUUCAAGGAACACAACCUUUGAGCGGACCGAUGCGCCAACCUAGUUGGGAUCUAAAUGCUAAUCGCAAUGUUUAUAACAAUGGUCGCACAAAUGUGGAUAUCUACGGAGGAAUGAGCAAAGUACCUGGACAACGAGUGCAGCCGCACGUCGGCAUCCAGGCUGAGAGAAACUUGGGCAAAAACGGUUUCAUCAGAGGUCACACUCAGUUUGAACCACGUCCAGGAGGCCAUGGACUCUCUCCCUCGGCUGGUAUAACUGGUGGCUUUCGCUUCAGGCGAGAGGCAGAACCACAAGGUUCAAUAACUUUUCAAGGAACACAACCUCUGAGCGGACCGAUGCGUCAACCUAGCUGGGAUCUUAACGUUAAUCGUAAUAUUUAUAAUAAUGGUCGUACAACGGCGGAUGUCUUCGGAGGACUGAAUAAAGUACCUGGACAAUCAGUACAACCGCACUUCGGUAUCCAGGCUGAAAGAAACUUCGGCAAUAAUGGUUUCAUCAGAGGUCACACUCAGUUUGAACCACGUCCAGGAGGCCAUGGACUCUCUCCCUCGGCUGGUAUAACUGGUGGCUUUCGCUUCAGGCGAGAGGCAGAACCACAAGGUUCAAUAACUUUUCAAGGAACACAACCUCUGAGCGGACCGAUGCGUCAACCUAGCUGGGAUCUUAACGUUAAUCGUAAUAUUUAUAAUAAUGGUCGUACAACGGCGGAUGUCUUCGGAGGACUGAAUAAAGUACCUGGACAAUCAGUACAACCGCACUUCGGCAUCCAGGCUGAGAGAAACUUGGGCAAAAACGGUUUCAUCAGAGGUCACACUCAGUUUCAACCACGUCCAGGAGGCCACGGACUCUCUCCCUCGGCUGGUAUAACUGGUGGCUUUCGUUUCAGGCGAGAGGCAGAACCACAAGGUUCGAUAACUUUUCAAGGAACACAACCUCUGAGCGGACCGAUGCGCCAACCUAGCUGGGAUCUUAACGCUAAUCGCAAUGUGUAUAACAAUGGUCGCGCAACGGUGGAUAUCUACGGAGGAAUGAGCAAAGUACCUGGACAACGAGUGCAGCCGCACGUCGGCAUCCAGGCUGAAAGAAACUUCGGCAAAAAUGGUUUCAUCAGAGGUAAUACUCAGUUUGAACCACGUCCAGGAGGCCAUGGACUCUCUCCCUCGGCUGGUAUAACUGGUGGCUUUCGCUUUAGGCGAGAGGCAGAACCACAAGGUUCGAUAACUUUUCAAGGAACACAACCUCUGAGCGGACCGAUGCGUCAACCUAGCUGGGAUCUUAACGUUAAUCGUAAUAUUUUUGAUAAUGGUCGUACAACGGCGGAUGUCUUCGGAGGACUGAAUAAAGUACCUGGACAAUCAGUACAACCGCACUUCGGUAUCCAGGCUGAAAGAAACUUCGGCAAUAAUGGUUUCAUCAGAGGUCACACUCAGUUUGAACCACGUCCAGGAGGCCAUGGACUCUCUCCCUCGGUUGGUAUAACUGGUGGCUUUCGAUUCAGAAGAUCAAUCGAAGAUGCUGAUGAAGUAGACUCCGCCGAAGAGUAUUAAAUCUUAGGCUAAUAUUUAAAUCGAUAUUAUAUAUACGUAUUAAAUCGAUAUUAUAUAUACGUAUAAAUUUAUUAAUAAGAGUCUAUCAUUCUUUAAAUUGAUUCUCUUAAAAAACUGUUAAUUUAUUAAUUAUAUUUAUCUAUGUGUAAAAUAUGCAUUUAUUUACAUAUUAUUUAGUAUCAUAAGUUUUGAGGCUAUUUCACAUAUUAUAUAAUAUAUACAU